AGCCCCCCAAGCCACCGACUCUCUUCCCCCUUGAAAAACCCGGUGAGAUCUUGAUGAAUUUCUCUUCCUUUCUUGUUAAAUCAUAAGAUUUGGGGCUUAGAAUCUUCCCUCUCAACCCAGAAAAUUCCAGAUCUGCUCUGCUCUGUCUUCCCCGCCGGCUGCUCUUGCUUGUGGGUGUGAUUUUCGGUCUUUCUUGGUAAGAAGCAGCCAUGAAUUCAUCUCUUUAGCUUUGAAUUGCCUUGGGUUUACCUUAAUUGCUCUCGGUUCCUUCAAUUUUUGCAAGCCCCGUGAAUUGCCCCUGCAGAUUGCCGCCGGCCUCUCCCCCCCUGCAGCUCUGGUUCUUGCUGGAAAAUUCUGGAAUUAUGUUAAUUGGGCUGCUGUGAAGUUGUGUAGGAGUAAUCCCGUGACUUAGCCAUUGUUGGCCAAAGCCGUGGGUCUCCAUUGCUUGUCCGGGAAAUUGGAAUGAAUUUUGGUAGCUUUAAGCUAUGUUUUUAAGGGUGGUUUAAGUAGAAAAUUAGCUUGAAUUGGGUAGUGGUGAUUUUGGAGAAAAAUCCCGUGAAUUAGCUAGUGUUUUGGCCAAUUUUAGAAGUGCAGUUACUGUUUACGGUACUGUUCAUAGGUUCUUGAUCGUUCUGUCAGUUUAGUAUGUGAAUUGAGUGCUCGGUUUUGCGGAGUGAGGUAAGUAAAUUAUGGUAAUGCCUUUCGAUUUUAAAAGCAUGUUUCAAUUUGUUUUUGAAGUGGUGGCGGGACUAAAUCCGUUUUAGACAAGUAUGACUGAUUUGAAGUGAAAUGUUUUAUGCUUUUCAUUAAAUUGAGCAUGCCUACUUGAAAUUUAAGUGACUGUCCUGAUGAUCUGAAAGUGAUUGUGAAUUGUGAUUUUCCUGUUAACUUUUGCCUGUUUUGUUUCCGAUGUGGUCAUGUUAUUAGUGACCCUGCUAGUGGGGGAGGUUAUAAACGCUAGCACAUGUCGACAUGUUAUUGACAGAACCGCAAAUAGUGACCCUGCAUGUGGGGGUUAUACACCAGCAAAUAGUGACCCUGCUUGUGGGGGUUAUACAUCAGCAAACAGUGACCCUGCUUGUGGGGGUUAUACACCAGCAAACAGUGACCCUGUUUGUGGGGAUUAUACACCAGCAAAUAGUGACCCUGCUUGUGGGGAUUAUACACCAGCAAACAGUGCGCCUGCCAGUGGGUGUUAGACGUUGGCUGUGACCUAUAGAGGAGGAGACGUCUAUUUCGUUCUCGUAUUGUAUCCGUUUUUUGUGAUUACACAUGUUGGCAUGCUAUAAGUUUAUUAAUGGGCACUCCAUAUUUACUUACUGAGUUUAUCUCAUAGUUUUCCUUGUCCACCAUUUCAGGAAGUGAAAUCGAGGACGGGGAAACCACAGGAAGUGACGAAUUAGAAGGCUAAAAAAGCUGUUGUGCGCGAUUUCUCAACAUGUGAUGGAAGGCCCAAAUUGAUGCUUGAUGGUUUUGUUUCAUUCAUCUUUAAGAGUUGGAGAAUUCACCUUUUAGCCUCAUACUUCACAUUGCUACUAAAAGUAAUAGAAGAUUUUUGCAAUUUCACCAUUUGUCUUGAAGCCGAUUCAUUACUCUGUAAUAUACUUAGUAGAUUAGUAGCUUCUAUUUCAAUAGCAUGUAAGAACAAAUAGCUAUCAUCUGC